UUUCCCAGUGUCAACGGUAAAUCAACGAAAGUCAUGCGGUACCUGGAGCUGCUCAUGUUCACCGUACUCGCGGUGGUGUCUGUACAAGCAUCAAAUACUAGGACCGAACUGGACGUGGGGUUAGCUCGCCUCUUCUCGAUUACGGUGGAUGAAGCCAAAUCGUGCCUUCGUGAAACAGGAGCAACGGAGGACGAUAUGGGAAAUCUGGAACAAGUUGUUACGAAAGAAGUAACUGAGAAAAUUGAUUCAAAAGGCGUGAAAAGAGCCAGCCGCGCCUUGGUGUGCUGUGCUCAGUUACAAGGAACGAUGGUGGGACCGAAGAUUCAAAUGUCGAAAAUCCAUCAAGUCAUUGAUACCAUGGGUGUACCACCAGAAGUGAGGACGCCGUUACUCAGAAUUAUGAACGAAUGCAGCAGCGAAGUGACACAAAUCACCGAUGAAACCGACGUGGUAGUGGAAUUUCUAAAGUGUAUGGUGACUAAGUGCCGAAUUGUCUUCGGUUCCGGAGAUUAGGAAAUGUACCUAUUCAAGAAACAAUCUUUUUAUAUGUAACGAUUUGUUAAUCACUAAUUAAAGUGUGUUUUCUUCAUUAAUUAUAAAGCA